UUAAUUUGAUUUGGCUGAAAGUGUUUUAAAGAAAUUGUAAUUUACAAUUAAAAGUGUGUGAUGUCGUUAAGGAUUACUUAUUUAAUUCUAAUUGUGUUUCUAAAUUCAGUUUGUGCCAGCGAAGACUUGUUAAAGGUAUGCGGACGAGAGCAGAGAAGAGGUUCAUGGUCUACCUAGUAAAGGUUCACGAUUCAAAUCAGAUGUACGAUUCCUGGCUAUGCGGUGGUGCUCUGGUCACUACAACGCAAAUACUGACAUCUGCCGCCUGUAUCAUAGACUUAGACAACAUAUACGCCAUAGCUGGCUAUAGGAAAUAUGUUAGCGGUAUGGACUUAGACAAAGAUAAUUGCACUAGGAUAAAGAAACAGAAGAUUGUUAAGAUUCGUGUGCCACGAGAGCAUUUAGCCCACGUACAUGAAUACAAGAACACCACACGAUGGAUGUCCUUAGACAUUGGAGUGGCGACGGUAGAAAAACCAUAUAACUUCGCGGAUAUGUCAUUCCGAGUCUACUGUUCGUAUGUACCGGCCGCUAUUGAGAUAAACUAUAAUGUAAACGUGGAUAGUAAGAUAGGAACUAGUGUUGUUGCUUUGGGAUGGGGGCGUGAUCGAGGAAGUAAGACACAUGACCUAGUAGAUCGGAACUCAGAGACCCUUCGAGAAGUGUCCACAACCAUAAGAGACAGGCAAGAAUGCAUAGAGCAAUUUAAAGGGAACGGCUUAACAGAGACGAUUGAGAAAUAUAUGGUUUGUACUAAUGGUAAAGGAAUGCUUGAUGCUGAAGGGUACAUUAUUGAGAACAUAGAAGAAAAGGCUUAUAAUAAAUGUGUGAACAUGCGACGGCAAGGUCAGAUGGCCGAUGACUUGAAUUUUGAUGAGGAGUGCAAUGAUUUUGAUGAUAUUAAUUUUGCGAAUACACGAAAAGCCAAUUCGGUUAAUGUAACGUUAAAUGAAACACGUAGAAUUAAUGGCAAUAACAAUAAAAAUGAAACAAUACAAUCACAAUCUAGAAGACAAGGAAUUUGUCAGAACGAUCAUGGCGGCCCUCUAAUCACAUGGGUGGGCACAACAGAGCUCCUGGUAGGAAUAGCAGUGAACAGUCUGUACGAUGCUGACUACAACUGUAUUGGUCCAUACUUAUUUAUCAGCACAGCGGCUGCUGGCGAGAUUAUAAAGUGUCUGUUGACAGAUAAUAAGGAAGGUUCCACACGGAAGAAUUGUCCAGCAGAUAUGUUAGACGGCUAUGAGGUACUUGAACAUUCAGUGGACUCUGAUCCAGCGCGAAGACUAAGGACUCUCAUGGAAGAGCCACCGACGACGGAGACGACUACAAAGAAUCAUUCGUCUCUCAGAACAAAUGACGCUGAUGUUAAUGCUGAUGAUGAUUUCCCUGAUAUAGAAGUAGUUAGCAUAUAAUAUGUUUUUAUUUUAUUAC